CUCCCGAUGAAAUAUCGCGGAGGUAAAUCUAAGAAAGGUGGAGACUUCGGGAUAACUUCCUGCACAGUACUCUCAAGAAUCAUACCUCAUACUUAAACGACAGGCCGACAUCAAAACCAAGUCGAAUGGAUUAGUAGCGCAAAUAAACUCGUUAACAAGCACUUCACCCUCACGAUUCCACGCAUAAGUAGGAUUUACCGCUAGCAUCCAGCCUGCUAGCUAACAUCAGCUACCAGGACGGCAGAUUGUACACAUCAGAUCAAGACGGUUUCGUAUCGGAGGACAGUAUGGAUGCUCCCAAAAGAAUUCCCCAGAAUAUGCGGGCUGUACAGGGAAUUUCGUUUGAUGAUUACAACUGUCACAUACCUGUUUGUAGAAAUACUGUGCAUGGACAUAACCAGACAAGUUGAGGUGGUGGUGGAGUAUGAGUAUGAAGCCGCCCACGAAGAUGAGUUGACCCUCAGGCUUGGAGAUGUGAUCAAAAACGUACGACGAAUUGAGGAAGAUGGAUGGAUGGAAGGAGACCUCAAUGGGAAACGAGGCCUUUUCCCGGACAACUUUGUAAAGGAGGUGAAAAAAGAUGAGCCAAAGUCCAAAGAGGAGUCAAAGGAGGCUAAAGAAAAGGAAGUGAAAGAUGAGACUCCGAUACAGCGGCGAGCAUCAGGGAAUGUGGCGAGCCUGGUACAGAGGAUCAGUACCUAUGGCAUCCCAGCAGGAGGAAUUGGCUUGCCACCCCAAUCUCAACCCCGUGCCUUAAAAAAGAAGCUCAAGAAGCGUCAGUGCAAAGUCCUUUUUGAAUAUGUUCCUCAGAAUGAAGACGAGCUGGAACUGAAGGUUGGAGAUAUCAUUUACAUCACUGAGGAGGUUGAGGAGGGCUGGUGGAGCGGAAGCGUGAAUGGGAAGUCUGGACUCUUUCCUUCCAACUUUGUCAAAGAAAUGGAAUCAACUGAAGACACAGAGACGAGCGAUGUAACAGACGAGCCAGAUAGCAGAGAUGGAGCGACUAGCCCCACGUCCCCUCACCAAGGCAACGGGGUCAUGGCCCAACCGAAGAAGAUUAAGGAUUCUCGCUAUAGCCGAUCUCCAAUCCCAUCAUUACCAUCUGCCACAAAACCCACCCAUUUGAGCACUCCUGAACCCCCUAAAGGAGAAAAAGAGGCAGAGAGCAAAGGAAAAGUAGAAGAAUACUGUAAGGCCACAUUCCACUAUGAAGCAACUAACCAAGAUGAGCUGGAUUUAAAGGAGGGUGACAUCGUCCACGUACUGAGCAAGGACACAGGAGAGCCAGGCUGGUGGAGAGGAGAGAUCAGCGGCAGAGAGGGAGUUUUCCCAGACAACUUUGUAGCUCUGCUUCCUGAGACAGACAAAGAGACACUCACAUCCAAAGGCUCCGUUAAAGCAUCUCCUAAACAGGAACCAGAGGAGAAGCCAAAGAAGCCCCCACCACCAUCCAAAACCCCAGUCCUAAAACCAGAGGCCCCCAGUGUGGACAAGAAGCAACCACAGUCACGGCCUGAAGAUAAAGUUGUCAAGCCCUUGCCUGAGAAACCCGCCAAACCUGCUGGCCCCAUCGUGCCCCCGAAAAAACCUGUGCCUCCAAGCAAGGGACUGCUACGUCCUUCCAUCCACACAAAACGACCUGACUUGCCUCUCAUUCCAUCACCAGCCGCCAAGCAAGUGCAAAAUGGAGAAGUUCCCCUUAUACAAGCAAAGCCAGAGUGCGAGCCUGUACCCAUCAAGCCAAAAACUGUUGUGGACAGCGAUGAGAACAAUUCUGAAACGGUUAAUCUCAUCAGUUUUGACGAUGUCUCCUCUACCUCGGAGAAGUUAACCCACCCUACCGCACAGCGACCAAAGAUGCCUGGCAAAAGACCUCCUGGUCACAGAGGCCACUCCCCGAGCAAUGAAAUUGCUGAGAAAGUGGAUGAAGUUGACUCUGCAUCUUCCACACAGAAUUCGCUCAAGACAUUUGUCUCAUCACCCUUACCAUCUACGGUGCCUAAAACGGUUUUAGCAACCCAUAUCACCCCUGAGCCCAAACCAAAACCUGACAAGGAAGAGGAGAAAGGAUCUGAACUGGAGGAACUGAAGGCUCAGAUAAAGGACCUAGUGCUGUCUAUAGAGUUACUGAAGGCACAACAGUCGAGAGAGCUCAGUGAACUCCGAAAAGAGCUGGAUAAUGAACGACUCAAACGAAUGGCCCUGCAGAUGGAGAUAGAAAAACUGAAGAAGAUUGUACAAUCAACAUGAAAUCUGGCAUCCUGAACUGGACUGAUGGCUCCGCUGAUGCAUCACGAGUGGAAAGCGACCUUCAGAUGGAGGGUCGGAUAUCGUUCAUGUCGUCUUUACACUCACUGACUUACUCCACAAAUUGUAAGAUUCAAAUAUUUGCACAUGAGUUUUUUUCUAGGUUUAGAAAAGUGUAAUUAUGACAUAUGUAUAUGUUUGUUUUCCUCUUUCUAUUUUUUUUUGCCAACAAAAAUGAUUGAAGCCUUACUUUACUACUGUGCUGGAUAUGCAGUCUGUGCACUUAUUGAGAAGUGCAGUGGAUUAUCCAUUCAAUACUACUGAGUCUGUAUAAAUGUUGGAUUAUGUUAUUUCCUUGCUUUUUUAUGACAUGGGUUAGUUUUUAAA